GGCCAGAGAUGGCUCUUUGUGACAGUGAACUCGGAGUCUUCACAGUUAUUCACCACAGGACCAAAUCGUCAGGCUUGACACCCCCUGCUGGGACCUGGGGCACGUCACAGGGACUCCCCUACAGCUGGGACAUGGCUGGCAAUAGGGAGAGCAGAGAGGGCUUUACUGAUCACGUGGCCCAGAGCAACUCGCUGGAGGAGGUGGGAGUGGAUGGGGGUCAAGUUGCUCCACCCACGCCUCGAAAGGUGGACAUGAGACGGGACCCUGUCUUGGGGUUUGGCUUUGUAGCGGGCAGCGAAAAACCAGUGGUUGUCCGCUCUGUCACACCAGGGGGUCCUUCAGAGGGCAUGCUCAUCCCAGGGGACCAGAUAAUCAUGAUCAACGAUGAACCAGUCAAUUCUGCAUCGCGAGAGCGGGUCAUCGACCUUGUCAGAAGUUGCAAGGAAUCCAUUGUGUUGACUGUUGUUAAGCCGUACCCGUCUCCUAAAUCUGCAUUCAUCAGCGCUGCAAAAAAGGCCAAGUUAAAGUCCAAUCCAGUGAAAGUGCGCUUUGCCGAAGAGGUCAUUGUAAAUGGUCAGGUCCCAGAAACCAUAAAGGAUAAUUCCCUUCUUUUCAUGCCAAACGUACUGAAGGUGUAUCUGGAAAACGGGCAAACAAAGUCUUUUCGUUUUGACAGCAACACCUCCAUCAAGGACGUGAUCUUGACCCUGCAAGAGAAACUGUCCAUCAAAAGCAUAGAGCACUUCUCCCUGCUGCUGGAGCAGUACACUGAGGGCUCUUCCAGCAAGCUGCAGCUCCUCCACGAGCAGGAGAUGCUGUCUCAGGUGACUCAGAUGCCUGGAGCGCACAAAAUGAAGUGUUUUUUCCGAAUCAGCUUUGUCCCAAAGGAUCCCGUGGACCUGCUCAAGAGAGAUGCUGUGGCUUUCGAGUACCUGUAUGUUCAGAGCUGUAAUGAUGUGGUUCUGGAACGGUUUGGGUCAGAACUGAAGUAUGACACAGCUCUGCGCCUUGCGGCUCUGCAGAUGUACGUGCUGAUGGUCACUACCAAGCAGACACAGAAGGUGUCACUCAAGUACAUUGAGAAAGAAUGGGGUUUGGCACUUUUCCUACCCCCAUCUGUGCUGUCCAGCAUGAAAGAGAAGAAUAUUAAGAAAGCCCUCAACCAUAUUCUGAAAACUAACCAGAACCUCAUGCCCUCAGGCAAGAAGUUGUCUGCUUUACAAGCCAAGGUGCACUACCUGAAGUACCUCAGUGAUUUGCGGUUAUAUGGUGGAAGAGUGUUCAAAUCAACACUGCUGCAGGGAGAAAAGCACACAGAGGUGACGAUGCUUGUGGGGCCCCGAUAUGGCAUCAGUCAUGUCAUCAACACCAAAACCAACCUGGUGGCCCUACUGGCUGACUUCAGCCAUGUCAAUCGCAUCGAGAUGUUCACAGAGGAUGAGAAAAAUGUCCGGGUGGAGCUGCACAUCUUUGAUGUCAAGCCCAUCACCCUCCUGAUGGAGUCCUGUGAUGCCAUGAAUCUGGCCUGCCUGACAGCAGGUUACUACAGGCUGCUGGUGGAUUCACACCGCUCCAUAUUCAACAUGUCCAAUAGCACCAACACAGGCAGUGUGGACACAGGCCAGGAUCCUCCUGACAAAUGUAACGUCCAAGCAAUUGAGUGGACAUACGGUACCUCCUUUAGCUGGAGUGGAGAUGAUAUUCAAACAAGCAGGAUAGAACCCUACAAGGAGCACAUGAGAGGCAAGAAUGAAGUCACCCCUAUUUGUAUCACAGAGGUACAGCAGUACCAGCACGCACCUCAGCAGCCCCAGCAUGCCCUGCAAGUGGGAGAGAGGACGGAUAGAGGGAACAAAAACACACACUCUUUUCUGACUGUACCAAGACACAAGUCCCAGGACUCUCCCAGAAGCGCCAAGGUGUCAUUCAUCUUUGGAGACCCACCUUUAGAUACCGUCAACCCCCAGAACCUAGGGUAUGAAAGGUUAAUGGAUGAGAGCCCAGAUAUUUUAGAGGACUUUAAGACUUUCGAUUCCUCUGUAGAUGGGGAAGUGUUUCAUUACAAUUCCCACCCCGUCUACAGCAACAUUGGUGACAUGAAAAUCUUUGGGAACGCUGAGGGUAUUGAGGAGCCCCUGCUACACGACAUAUGCUAUGCGGAGACGACGGAUGAGGCUGAGGAUGAUGACGAGGGUAGCUGCGACGAGGACAGUAUGGUCGGUGAGGUGGACAAGGCCACCUCCCUCGCAUUGUCCAGCUCCAGUGAUGACAUCAUUGACCUGACGUCGCUCCCACCACCAGAGGGUGAUGACGAGGAGGACAAUGAUGUCCUCCUGCACUCCCUCAACAUGGCCAUUGCAGCUCCCCCUCCCGGGUUUAGGGACAGCUCUGAUGAGGAGGAGCAGCACAGCUCACGGGGCUCAGAGGGGAAAGGCCCUGGCAUGCACAAUGACAUCCCCGUGUCUCUGAUUGACACCAUCCCCACACAGGGGGAUGGUGGUGGUGACACAGCCCUGGACCAUGCAGUGGUUUCCACCCUGCAGGCUUUGGAGGCUCUAGCAGCAUCUGAAGACCGAGAUCAGCCCCAUCUGCAGUCAGACAAUAGUUCAGGUUCUUACACCAUCGUAACAUUUAUCCAUUAGCACUGCGCAGCG